CUGUCAGUGCACGCGUCGAAACAGAUGACACAAAACAAUGUUAUCAAAUUCGAGAGCACUUUUUUCCUGUCGAUAAUCGCUCUUGAAUCAUCGGACCUUUUCAAUGCUAUCGAUCACAAUCGGUCAUUUCGUACAUCGAAAGUAAAACGGACCGUUCCAGCGAAAGACCACCGGAUUGGUGAGAGGAGUGAAGUCAUUUGCUAGUGGAUUAUCCAGCGAAAAGCAAAGUAAGCUGCAAACGAACGACAAUGGUUUCAUCGCCUGCGGAACGAUUGGCCACGGAUUCAUCCGACACUACGGAUGGGGAACCGGAAAAGACAGAACCACCAAACACGGCCGAAUGUGAUUCGCUGCACAGUGGCCGCCAGCUCGUACACACCAUCCUGCCAAUCAAUGUGGACGUGCUGUUUGAGCUGCUGUUUUCCCGCUCCAAGUUCCUGAUGGAGUUUCACGAGGUGCGCAAAACGACCGACAUGGUACCGGGCGAGUGGAAACUAAACAAGGACGGUCUGAAGGAGCGUGUGGUGACGCUUACUAUAGCCAUUACGCAAACGAUCGGACCGAAAAAUGCUCACGUCACCGAGACGCAGGUGAUGCGCAAAUGUUCCCUGCCCGGUCAGCUGUACGCGAUCGAUGUGACCGCGGUGCAGGGCGGUAUUCCGUACGCGGACAGUUUCUACGUAACGCAGCACUACUGUAUGUCACGCACGGUCGACAACCAUACGGUGUUUUCGGUACACGCGCAGGUCCACUAUCGGAAGUCGAUCUUUGGCUUUGUGAAGGGAUUCAUCGAGAAGAACACCUGGGUAGGAUUGGAAGAUUUCUACACCUCGUUGUUGCGGAAUCUGCAAAGCGAGUACUGCAUUCCACCGGCCAAGAGUAAGGGUAGACGUACGCGCCGCAGCGUACACACCCAAAACAAGGUGAUUGAGGAAACGAUCAUCAUAGCGGAUCAUACCAAAGUGAAACCGAUUCGGGUACCGACGGCAACGGUUGGCGGAGUGCCACGGAAAGCGUCGAAAUCCGGCUACCGGUGGUUGGUUGCCAUCAUGCUGCUCAUACUGAUCGUGGUCAACACAACACUCUACACAAAGCUGCUACAGAUGGAAGAUAUGGAGCGGAUGUCACGGUUAGACAACAGCGAGGAGCUGGACUCGCUGCUGCUUGCCAAGAGUGUCCGUACGCGCAACGAUUGGUUGACGAUCUUCCAGCAGCAGGAGUCUCGGUACAACGAUGAAAUGCUCGAAUGGCAGAAGGUCCUGUCGACGGUGACGGAAAUGCUGAACAAGGCCAGCGUGCUGUGCACGAAGUUGUGCCGGAUGCCGGACAAUGGUACCAGUGCCGGGGGUGGAUAGAGCACGACGUGCGUCGGUUAAUGAUAACGUUCUGGUUCCUUGUUAGUAUUAUACUUUUAUUCCGAUUUCCCUAUUCUCUUUCUCCCGUGCCGAUGUUAGGCGAUCGGCUUUUCCUGGGGGCAAAGCAUGUACCAUAGAUGAUGCGUUGUACACUUUUAAUGUAAAAUAUACAUUUAUUUUUGUGAACAUUGAC